CCCUUGCGUCAUUGUGUCAACAUGGCGCCUGUCUGCCGGACAAAAGGCGAAUCUGUCUGACGGUGGAUUGAAACCCAAUUAGAAACAGGGGAGACAUUUUGGGAAAACUGUCAGCGUCCGUGUGCCCCGGCGCCCCAAGGCUGUAGAUAUAUGGUAAAAUAAACAUCUGUGGAGGCUCUUAGACUGGAAUAUUAAGGAUGUUCCAGCAGCGUGAGGAGCCUCGCUUCACCAUCGAGCAGAUUGACCUCCUCCAGAGGCUAAGGAGGACAGGGAUCACACAGGCGGAGGUCCUCCACGCCCUGGACACCUUGGACCACCUGGACCGGAAACAUGGACACAAGAUGACCCAUAAACCGUCCUACAUACCUCCCUCGUCUUCCAGCACCGUCGCCGCCUCUUGCUCCAUGACUUCCACCGCCACUCAGACAAGUUUCCCAGACAACCGCCUCUCACUGUCUCCUAAUAACAACUUCGACACCACCUCCCCGCCUCUACCAAUUCCAGUAGCCUCACCUGUUGCCAUGGCAGCUGUAGCUCAGAAUGGUCUGGUUGCUGUCACCAAUGGGAAGCUGUCACCGCCUCGGUUUCCUCUUGGUGUGGUUAGUGGCAGCGUGACGGCACCAGGCUACGGGUUUGAGACCAGUGAAGAGGACAUAGAUGUUGAUGACAAGGUGGAGGACUUGAUGAGGAGGGACAGUGCUGUGAUCAAAGAGGAGAUUAAGUCCUUCCUGGCGAACAGGCGGAUCUCCCAGGCUGUGGUCGCUCAGGUAACGGGGAUCAGUCAGAGUCGGAUCUCCCACUGGCUUCUACAGCAGGGAUCAGACCUCAGCGAGCAGAAGAAACGAGCCUUCUUCCGAUGGUACCAGCUGGAGAAGACCAACCCUGGUGCCACUCUGGCCAUGCGAGCCGCCCCAUUGGCUCUGGAGGAUGUGAUGGACUGGCACCAAGCCCCGCCUCCAUUUGGCUCCACCCCUGGGGGAUUCCGUCUGCGGAGAGGGAGCAGGUUCACCUGGAGGAAGGAGUGUCUGGCUGUCAUGGAGAGUUACUUCAGUGAUAACCAGUACCCUGAUGAAGCGAAGAGAGAGGAGAUCGCCACCGCCUGCAACGCUGUCAUUCAGAAACCAGGAAAGAAGCUGUCCGAUUUGGAGAGGGUAACAUCUCUGAAGGUCUACAACUGGUUUGCCAACCGCCGCAAAGACAUCAAGAGGCGCGCUAACAUUGAAGCAGCCAUCUUGGAGAGCCACGGCAUCGAGGUUCAGAGUCCAGGAGGUCAGUCCAACAGCGACGAGGUGGAUGGCAACGACUUCCCUGACCAGGCUUGUGAGGUGUCCUUAUUUGACAAGAGAGCUUCAGCGAGGCAGUUUGGUUUCAGUCGAGCUGACCUGUCCUCUCCAACCCAGGUUCCCACGCUGCUCCCCAGCUGGUUUUCCGCCCUGGGUAGAGGAGGCUUGUCUGGACAGAGAGGCACUUCUCUGAUUGGCCGCUCCCUAGUGUCAGGGGCGGGCCCUCAGGUGGAAGGUUCCAGAUUGACAGGUGUGUCCUGGUCUCCCCCUUCCCCCUCCCUCCAGGACGAACCCACCAUCCACAGUGCGCUGUCCGAACCCCAGGACCCAAUCGGUUUGGAGAAGGCGGAUGUCCAUCACAGCAACCAAGCCCUAGCCAAUCAGGUGGAUGGGACAAGAUGCAGCAUGGGGAAUGACAUCAAGACGGAAACGCUGGAGGAUGACUGAAAGGGGUGGUGGAUAUUGGAGUUGUCGGAGUGAUGAAUGGAACAGGAUCAGAGGUGUGUUAAUAUGCAAGCAGAUUUUAUAGGAAUGUAAUAAGUAAAAAAAAAAAAAAUAAUAAUAAUUUUUUUUUAAAGACCAAAAGUCGCGUAAACUCCAACCCUGAGAUACCUCCCAACCCUACCUCCAACCACCAACCUGCUCUGCUACGCUCUUAUAGGCAUUACUAGUAUACUAUAGUAAUGAUGAUGAUAAUAAUGAUAAACUUUUAUUUGUUAAAGUGCUCCCCAGCAGUCUAUAGAAGAUUUAAAAUGCCUAAAAUCAAAUCAAACAAAGUGAAAUUAAUUAUGAAUUAUUUAGUUAUGACACAGUAUAUAUAAUAUAAAAAAAAUUCGGUUUUCUCUUUAUUUCUUUGUUGACAUUUAGGUAUUUUAAAUCUUCCAUAGAGGACUGUCUAACAGGACAUGAUGCAUUGUGCAGAUAUCUUUGGAAACUGCAUUUUUCACAGCAGGACAACACUGUAUUUGACAUGGGGUUCAAAUAGUUUCAGGGUCUUGCACUGUGAUCACAACACAACUGAACAGCCUCAAAAGAUAAAUACAUGAAUUUGAAAGUUAAGUUCAUUUUAACUGAUUGCUAUUAUGUUCUGAUUUCUAUAUGUAUAUAUACUGUAUAUAUGCAUUUCAUCACAGUUGAUUUAUAUUUCAGAUUUUCGCUGUUGAUUCCUUCCAGUGAGAAGAAUAGCAGAAUAAGCGUAGUUUCAUCGAGGUCACAGCUCGUUGGUAAUAUUUCUGUGAGCCUAAGAUGAUUUGAAAAUGUAAAAAAGAGAAAGAAACAGAAUGACCAACUUCUCCAUCCCCUGCCCUGGUAAAAUGAGCUCAACAUAUGGAAGCAAAGAAAGGCCAGAAUAAUUAGUAUUUUGUGAGCAACUGAAUACCUAAUUGUGAAAUUUAAUCACAACUUAAUACUGCUGAAAUUUAACUAACCCUGAAUGGAGAGUGUUGAAAAACUUUCAUUUGAAAACCAUCUCUCUGAAUUUGUGUGGUUCCCCUCUUUGAAAUUUACAGUAGGUCAUUUCAAUUUUUCCAAUUUCAAAAACGCAACUGAAGUGGCUUUUUGUUGUUGUUGUUGUUGUUGUUGUUCAACUGUGUAGUGUUUUCAGUCGCUCAUCAGAAUGUCUUUCAUGGAUCACAUGACUGACAGACCGUUACCUGAUAGGCCAGAGGUCUGAUCGAUUCCAUCGUGGCUUCGCCACUUAUCCUUGGUAUUUCGAAUGCUCAAAUUAGAAUUUUUCAUCUUUUCAUCUGAAUUUCACCAAUUCAAAAUGAGCAACAAAAUUGUUUUUCCUUCACUUGAAUUUUUAGUUCAGAAAAUGAAUGAACUUGAGCAAUUAGAAUUUUUUGUUUUUUUUUGAAUAUUGUAUUCAAAUAUCAACAAUACGUAAUCAGUAGAGAUCUAAUUUCACAAUUAGGUAUUCAGUUUAGAUUCAAAUUCUUACGGCCUCUUUGCUUUAAUCUUAAUAACAAGUUACCCAACAGAUAAAUGUUGAAGGAAGCCGAAACUGUUGACAGGUUUGUAUAAAAACUAGAAAACGUGGGUGUCUAGGUGACCGGCUGUUAUUCAUUCAUGUCCGCUUACCCAAUGGGUGAUCAGGGAGAAUGAACGAUCACUGUGAGAUGAUCGAUAAUCAAUACAGAUCAGAUAGAUGGGAGGUAUUCAACAGUGUAAUUAAGUGUAAAGUGAAUACAUACAUAUAUCACACGUGUAUGUAUGCAUACACACACAUACGUAUAUACAGCUAUUAUAUAAACUAUGGGUUUAUGUAUGUACCCUAAUCCAUUUCUAUUUACAGUAUAUAGACAUACUAGCUUCAAAUGAGAGAAACUAUCAGUAUGAGUCUUUCUUGUUGGUGAAAGGUGAGUGAAGCAUUAGCCAAAGUGUUAAGUUUUUGUGUAUUUUCUGAGUGUAUGAUAGUCAUGGAUGGAACUAUGUAUUGGAGAUCUGCUAUCAAAGAUGCAUCAGAUGUGUCAAAUUAUUGCAAACAAAAUGCAUUUCCUUUUUAGGCAUAUCUGUGUUUGUGCUCGAUAUGCCAUGUGUUCUAAACACACACUGUCAUGUUUAAAUGGUAUCUUCAUUUUAAAUGACACUUUAUUGGAUCAAUAUCAUGGUGCUUAAAGUCCUUGCUGUUUUUAAACAUUUUAUUGAUCAGUAUGAAUGGCAGACCAGAGAGGCAGUAGGAAGAGAAAAAGAAUAUCUGGGGAACUGAUGUUUUCCUCAGGAAGCUAAUAGUUUUAACAUUUAGUGAGUGAGUUGGAUUCUCGAGAAACAACCACAGCAAGAAGUGUUCUUUAACAGAAAAAUAAAUAUUUGAUCAAACUAGUCAAAUCAAGAAAUAUUUAUCUCAGUACAGCCAUUGUAGAAGACCUUUUCUGCAUUUAUGUUAAUCUCCAUCCCCACAAGGAAUUAUUAAAAGUCAGGUUUUGCCCUUUUUUUUUUUAGCCUUUUGGACAGGCGAUACUUAACCAUAGGCUGAUAACUGGUUGGAUGAGAACAAAUAUACAUGUUAAGACGGUGUAGUCCCUCAUUCGUCCAGGAGUGUUCCAUCGUAGAAAAGGUUUCAGUCGUUCAGGAAGUGAUCCGGAAUUCUCAAUUGAGAAUGACUUCCGGAUGGGAGCCGAAACGUCUUGAUUCUGAAAACAGUGUCCAGAUGACUACGACUGAAACCUUUUCUACGAUAAAAUAUACAUGUUAUUAAGUCAUACAUUAUCAUCUUACCAAGUGCUCAUUCACUAGUUUAUCAGGAAGCAUUGUUAGCUUAUUGUUAUACAUCCCACUAUAGUAUGCACUAUAUUUAUUUCUUCCAAAAGACUUUGUUGAGCAACACGCUGUAAACACAGCACUGACAUAUCAUCACCUUUUAUAAAAUUGUUCUCUCUCUCCUUUUAGCUCUGUUUUGGUUUCCACCAGCUCCUGAGGGAAAUAUCUCGCUGCUAAAUGUUCCACUAUAGUCACGAGCUACUUGCUAACCUUGUUUGUCUGCUGUUUGGUGCUGGGCAGGUAGCUUGAUGAGUGGAGUUUGUGGGCUAGAAAACAACUAGCUAAAAGAGGCUAAACGAUGAGGGGAACUACAGAGUUGGGUGAUAAUUGUCUGUGGGUUCGCCACUAUGAGUGAUCUGUUUCACAUUACGCAUUUAUGUCCUUUGAGUAAAUGUUAAUAUUAAAAAAAAUUUGAUUAGCGCAGCUUUAAUUGAUCACGUUCUAAUUGAAAACUCCAUUUUAACAAUACUGAAAGUUAGUAUUUAAGAUGAGUAGCUGAUCAAUGAUGGGAUUUCUAAAUUGUUUUUAAGAGUAUCAGCAGACGUUGAAAGUGCAGUCAGCUUAUAUUUUCCUUUUCCUUUUUGUGACUCAUUAACAACUGAUACCAAAUACGUUCUCAGUAGUUAAAAAGUAAAUAAUCAUGUGGUUUGGCGUAUCAAUUAUUAGGUGAUCCAGCCAUCCAGAAUUAUUUCAGUAAUGUUAAAUUUUUUUGUUCAACACAUGAAAUGUGCGGUUUGGUUUUAAGUUGAAGUGCCUUAAUUUUUGCAGUGUACUAACAGGAUCAGUGCACGAAGAAGGACUUCUACAAUGGCUGUACAUACAUCACUGUAUCAGAACUAAUGCAACAAAGCUAAACACAUGAUGUUCUGUAACAGCCAACACUAAAGGGGCUUCAUUCAAACCGGUUCAUCACCAGGUGCUUUACAGACUAAGCUACCAGUUCAGAGUUAAAAACUCGGACACAAAUACCUCACUUUACCCCCCUCAGCUAUAAGCUACACCCCGCAGGUUCCUCCACAGCUGCUUCAAUGUGAAUCAAAGUUUAGACAGUCGAGAGUAAAAAUAACUGUAGAGCUGAUUUAUUCAGAGGAGACUGACAGCAAACUGUGAUGAGGCUGUAAAGAUUGUUCACUGGCUGAUCUGGGACAACAGAAAUGUCAGUGUCCUUUUUUUUUUAAAAGGGAAAUUCCUUCUCAAACUCGAGCCAAUAAAUAUUAAGUUUGAAAGCAAAGGGAAAUUCCACUCCAAAAAAAGAAUUUAUUCAUUCAUAAGCUCCAUGAAAUACUUAUAAAAUAUAAUCCCCCCCCACCCCCCAUCCUGGUGGAGUACUACCAGAACUCGUCAGUGUUGGUUUCAGACUGAAUGUCUGAGAGAAUUUAAGUUUUGUGGUGGAAUGUCUCUUUAAUUGUACGGCAGCUGAGCUGUCCUGGGUGUCUUUGCUUUAAGCGUUUAAAAAACUCUGAGGCAUCAUUAGUCAGUUAAGUAGCUUUUUGUCAUUUGAAUUAUUUACACCAAAAUAUCAAAACAAACUAUCCCACUAAGGGUUAGAAAUUGUUUGGUUUUUUUUUUGUUUUGUUUUUUAAAAAAAAAUCUGCUAAGCAGAAGCCUUUCUGAAGUGAAUCUGUGGAUUCAUUUAAGACAACAUGCUGUUUUGAGAUUAUUUCAGGGUUUUAAAUCGUUUCAGUUGCUGCCUUCAGGGUCUUCUCAUAAAGUUGUACAAAGUUCUGAAGCAGCAAAUUGAUGUGAUGUGAAAGUGGUUUGUUAGUGUCAUUUUUAGUCAUUUUAGAGCCAAAAUGUCUGAAAGUAGAAAGGAAAAAGAGAUGAGAACGCACACACACACAUCCGUAAUGAGAAACCAAAAACAAUGAACAGACAGAAACAGAAAGAGACUGCACAUCAUUGUCAGUUUCACCAUUGUGUGUUUUGUAUUGUGGCCCUGUUUUAAACAUGGAGCGGACUUCAUAUCAAGAGAUUGACAAAUGCUUCUUUUCACCUCAGUCAAGCUUGUUAAGAUGAAAUGGUUAUUUUCAAGUCAAGUAGAUAAACUACAAAACGCUCUCUGGAUUGGUCUGGGGUGAAUCUUGUCAAGUGUCUUGUGAAGGGCCACUAGGACACACUACAGUGUUUUUAAAGAAGGGCCAAAAUUCAGUAGAGAAAACACUCCGAUGUGGUCAUCAAACCAAAACAACUGAUCUCAUGACGGCAAUCUCGCAAUCUUUUAUCUUGUUUGUCGUUUACAGAUUUCAUUCCCAUUGAUUGGUCUUGGUUUCUUGACUACGUUUCAUUUUGCUUUCAGUUUUUCACCCUAAAUUGGCUCCGUACUUCUUAUUUCCAAAAAUCAGAGUGCCAGAAAGUGUGUAGUCAUAUUAUAAUCAACUUGAAAUGCAUAAUAAGUCAAAGUUAUCAUGAAAUAAGUUUUUUUUCUUCCAUAAAUACAUUUGCUCUUCCAGUUCCGUUCAUGUGCACUUUGUUUGUGACAGUACGGACGGCAGCGUAUUGUCAGUCCUCGGUUAAAAUGCAGUUUGACCAUCUGCCUUCAGUCCUCUGUUGCCUUGCUGUACUGUUGUUUUGAAAGGAUGAGCUUCCUUCGCUGGUCCUUCACAGGAAGCUGACAUUUCAGAUCAGAUCUGGUUUUACACCUGGAGUACCCGCAGAGUACAUGCACCGUUGGCAUCGACUAUAUCUUGAUCACGUUUGUCUUUCUCCUGCCGAACCCAACUGCCUCUUCCUACUGCUGUUUGGAUUGGGGACGCUUCCAUUGGCAGUUGGUUGUCAGUAUGGCAAAAUUAGGAUGCAUGUUGAUGAGGGUGUUAAUGAGGUUGAUCUGAUCUGAGGUCUGCUGUGUGAACAAAGCACAGGGGAUCUGGUGUCAGUGUGGUUUCAGUAAGUUCAUGCCUCAGGACUGAAUGCUCCGGUUGUCUGUCUUACCUUUAUUCAAUAUUGUGAAUACAUGAGAUGCAGUAUGACGUUUGAAGAGUUAUAUUCCAAACUGCUGUUUUUAUGAAGGUGAAAAAAAAAAAAAAAAAAACGACAUUCAUCAUUCAUGCAUUCAACAUAAAAUGUAGAUGUUCCAUUCUUAAUGUUCUCCUUUAAUCAGCCAAUGACUGUAAAUACUACUCAAAAAAUGAACAUCUGGUUCAAACAUUUUCAGUCAUGUAAAGUUUUUUUUUUUUUUUAACUUCUGAGUGGUUACCAUUUCGUUUCGGCAAUAAACUCUUAAAUAAUUCUCUAUAGAAUGAAAAAUGUCAAACCUCAGCAGGACGUCGUCAGAUUUUUAUCCCCUCUCGUUCUUUUCUAUUUCAAGAUUUAGUGCCUUUUUUGGACGGUAGACUGUUCUGUAACCGCUAUGUAGAAAAUCUACAUAUGCCUUUUGUUACUUUUUCAUCUGUUGGAUAAACAUUUUUUUUAUUUGUGUGUUUUUAUUGAUAUUCUAUUUACAAGGGAAUAAAAGCUGAUCAGAGUCCA